AUGAUAUUGUCUAGAGGCGCGCUGGGCCUCCAGCAAGCCUCGCGCUUGUGCCCUUAUGGCCGCGUCCAGGCCGCCGUUAGGCUCCUCAGGCCGUGGACGAUUGACCUGGCAAGCCGCGCCGCGAGCGGCGUGACCCCGGCGCUGCGCGCCGUCUUGGUGCGCGCGGCUGCCGCCGCCGAGCCCGUUGCUCGGGCCGCCAACUUUGCAGAGCUCGGCCUGGGGGACGGCCUGCAGGCCGGCCUGGCGAGCAACAACAUCUCGCAGCCCACGGAGAUUCAGGCAAUGUCUGUGCCCGCCAUCCUCGGCGGCGGCGACUUCCUGGUAGCUUCACACACGGGGUCGGGCAAGACGUUGGCCUACCUGCUCCCCAUGAUUGAGCAGCUGAAGCGGGCCGAGGCGGAGGGCGAUGCGCGGCGGCCACGGCGGCCGAGGAUGCUGGUGCUGGGGCCCACCACAGAGCUGGUGGAGCAGCUGACACGGGUGGCCAAGUCCCUGUCGCACUCCGCCAAGUUUUCGAGCGCCCUGCUUUCCUCAUCCGGGUCAAAGUCGGACCAGAAGGCCGCGCUCGCCGCGCCGCUCGACAUCGUGUUUGCGACGCCGGGCCGGCUGCUGCAGCACAACGAGGAGGGGGCGGUGCACCUGGGGGAUGUGAAGUGGGUCGUGGUGGACGAGGCGGACACGAUGAUCUUGAAGGUGGGCGCAGGGGCGUUGACCGCGGUCAAACGACGGCGUGCUCCUGGUUGA